CAACUCCAGUUUCUGCUAGAGCAGGUCAUGCCAUUAGGGAUGGGGUAGGUAGGGAUGGGGUAGGAAGAGAUGAGGUAGGUAGGGAUGACAUAGGUAGGGAUGGGGUAGGUAGUGCACAGCUCAGUCAUCCAAGGGAAUGAGAAGAUACCACACAGCUUUUAAUUCAAGUCACGUACGGGAACAUGGGGACAGUGGGAGCACAGCCACAUAGCCAUCACGGAAGAAAAUACAGGUUCAUUCACUUUCCAGCCAUCUGAGGAAACAAACAGACCAAAUGAGUUCAGAUUCCAUCCAGUGGACUUUGGGUACCCAGGAAACCGGGGCAUGACAUCAUCUAGCGGAAAGGAGACAGCAACUUGUACAGCCUCCGUAGUGCUGUAAGAAACCCUCGCUUCUCUACACAGUGGGGAAGCUUCUGGUUUUAAGAAAAAAAUGGACCAGUCAGUCACUGCUUACAAUGUGCAAUUGUCCAAAAGUUGCAAGAAAGUAUACGGAAGUUACAGCGCUUCGGAAGCGAACUUUCAAAAAUUUCUUUCUCCAAAUAAUUUCAUCAUUUAAUAGUGGUAGAAGGUGUUGGCCCACACGGUGGAUGCACAACUUAAAGGAGCGGGUGGUCCCACCAGUCAGUUUGAUUUACCGAAGCGGCGAUCACCCCACGCCGUACCCCAAACGAGUUGUUUAUUUAAGGCAUUGGCAGAUUUUCCCCUCAGUGUGCAUAUGCCAAACCGCAACUAAAAGCUUAGCAUUUAACCACAGAAGGAAAAUCUUGAAAGCAAUUCAUGAGUCUAUGCUAAAAACACUAGAGCUAUAAUUAAAUCAACUCUUAAAGUAGCGUAACUCUUUUCAGGGCUGAAAUAGCACUCUCUUAUUUUAAGAAUCGUUGGAGAAAGCGGAGGAGAGGAGGUUGAGUGGAACCCUUAAAACAAACAUUUUCAUGUGAGGGUUCGGAAACCCCUUUCAGCGUACUAAACAUUCACCAAGGCUUCCUGUAAGCACUGGAGUUUGUCCUUUCCCUGCUGGCUGAAUUUCCAUCUCGUUUGACCUCCAGCAGCCGGCCGAAAGCCCGUCUCCAACCCGGUGGCGAAGGACACACCGGUGGGGCGGACGGGGCAGCGGGGGCUGGCGAGUACGCGGGCUCAGGACGGCGCCCGGGGCUUAGAGGUCCCCGAGGACCGGCGGGCAGCCCUCGCACCGGGAAGGUGCCCGGCAGCCCCGGGCGACCGCCCCGAGCCCUUGCAGACGCCCGGCAGCCGCGGAGCACCUGCGGCUUCCGCGCCCGACGGGCAGGAGGCAGGGCGCGCCCUUUGCGACGGGCGGGCGCCGGCCGCUCGCCCCGCGGAGCGGCAGCGCGGGCGCGCAGCCCAGCCCCGAGGCUCCGCCGAGCGGCGCGCAGCCUGCGCGGGUUCCCCGGAGGCUCUCCCGCUCCCCGCCCCGCCGCGGCGCUCCCCGUCCCUCCUCCCCGCCCGCGGCCACCCACUUUCCCGGCCGCCGCUCCCGAGCGGUGCCGCGGAGCGGCGCGGAACCCCCCCCCCGGCAUGGCGCGUCGUGCGGGCGCGCUGUGGCUGUGCGCGGCGGCGGUGCUGUGCGCGGCGGCGGGGGCGGCGGAGCUGCGGCUGGCCCUGCUGCACACCAACGACGUGCACGGGCGGGUGGAAGCGCAGGGCGAGGGGACGCGGAGCUGCGCGGGCGCGGAGCGGGCGGCGGGCUGCUUCGGCGGCGUGGCGCGGCGGGCGGCGCUGGUGGCGGCGGCGCGGGCCGCGCACCGCAACGUGCUGCUGCUGGACGCCGGGGACCAGUACCAGGGCACGGUGUGGUUCUCCCGCUUCAAGGGCCGGGAGGCAGUCCACUUCAUGAACCUCCUGCGCUACGAUGCCAUGGCUUUGGGGAACCAUGAGUUUGAUGAAGGUGUGAGCGGAUUGUUGGAUCCUCUUCUUGAAAAUGCUAAUUUUACAAUCCUGAGUGCAAACAUUAAGGGGAAAACCCCACUAGGGAACAAAAUGAUGAAAUACGUUAAUCCUUUUAAAAUCGUACGUUUUGACUCAGAAUCAGUAGGAAUUGUUGGCUACACUACAAAGGAAACUUCUUUUCUUUCACAGCCAGGGGAGGAUGUAAUCUUUGAAGAUGAAAUUGAAGCAUUGCAACUACAAGUGAAUAAACUUACAGCUAUGGGAGUGAACAAAAUAAUUGCACUAGGACAUUCUGGUUUCACUGUGGACAAAAAUAUUGCCCAAAAAGUGAAAGGAGUGGAUGUUGUAAUUGGAGGACAUACAAACACAUUUCUCUAUACAGGCACCCCACCCUCUACUGAAAAGCCAAGCGGCUCCUAUCCACACAUGGUUGACUCCGACGAUGGGAGGAAGGUGCCAGUUGUACAGGCUUACGCUUAUGGAAAAUAUCUCGGUUACUUAAACGUUACCUUUGACAAGAACGGAAAUGUGGUGGAAGCAGUCGGAAACCCCAUUCUGCUGGACAGCAGUGUUCCUGAAGAUGAGCACAUUAAAGAAGAAGUGGAAAAAUGGAGGAAAGACCUGGGGAAUUAUUCGGAAGAGAUUGGAAAAACUAGUGUUUACCUGAACGGUACAAACCAAGCGUGCCGUUUCCAAGAAUGUAACAUGGGAAAUUUGCUUUGUGAUGCCGCGCUUUAUGAGAAUGUCGUCCGUCCGGAUAAAAAGUCGUGGAACCACGUAUCAAUGUGCAUCCUGAAUGGAGGUGGGAUACGGUCACCCAUUGAUGAACAGAGCACUAAUGGUAGCAUUACUGUGGAAGAUCUGCUGUCUGUUUUGCCAUUUGGAGGUCGUUUUGAUUUGGUAAGGUUAAAAGGCUCCACUCUGAAGGAAGCUUUUGAGCACAGCGUGCACAGAUACGGAAGAGGAAGCGGAGAGCUGCUGCAGGUUGGAGGCAUCCACGUGGUCUACGAUCUCUCCAGAGCCUCGGGCAGCAGAGUUGUUAGUUUAGAAGUGCUUUGCACAGCCUGCCGAGUCCCAGCCUACGUCCCGCUCCAGAUGGAUGAAAUAUAUAACGUCACUCUUCCGUCCUAUAUGUUAUUUGGAGGAGAUGGCUAUCAUAUGCUGAAAGACAAAAAUCUGGGAUACAGUAAAGGCGAACCUGAUAUUGACGUUGUUUCCCGUUACCUCCAGAGAAUGAAGAGAGUUUACCCAGCAGUUGAAGGUCGAAUAAAGUUUUCUUGCGGCAGUCUGGUUGAAGCAAGUCUUACCCUGGUUUCUGUACUGCUCACUUUAACGUGCUUGCAUACUUGAUUUCUGCUCGCGGUGUUUUCGGUUGGAGGAAGGCAAGAGGAGAGGUGGCGCUGACAAAGGGAAGAGACAACUCUUCUCUUUUCUUACACCUUAAAAUGAAUGAGCGUUUAGGUUUCUCCGCAUGUCGUCAGUAAACGGCACGAGCAAAUUGUCUUUAAUCUGGUGGAGCCAUUGAAACUCACUGCGCAGAACGAGUGGGUUCUCUUCGUUUGAAUCAGCGGGUACCCCCCCUUCAGUCUGAGGGUCCAAGAAGCAAAGUUCCAGUGGAUGCUGAUGCUUCACCAGAAAACAACCACUGACCGAAAUGGCAUAUUUUUAACUUGUCAAAUUCUUUUAGCCGCUUUAGAUAGCGAAUUGCGUAAGAAUCUGAUUCCAAUAAUAUAAUCAAGCUUUAGAAUGGAUUUAUUGUGGGUGUAUAUACCUUUCUUUGAUCUCCACUCAGGGUUAAAGCUUUGCUUGCAGUCAUAUUUAUCAUACUGACCCCGAUGCCUGAAGAACUGGAUUUAACUCAGUGCCAUUGAAAGCACGAGGCCCGUUUACACGCAGUUAAAAAAAGGUUUUCCGUUUUACUUUUAAAGACGCAGCUUCUCACCUAAGUUUUCCAUUAAUAAAGGACGCGAUGAAAGUUUGAUUUGAUUUUGAUCAGUUUUAACAAAUUGAAUAUAUACACGUCACUAUUUAACAUGACCAGUUUGAGGACUGCAUCUAGAGUGAGAACACAAUCUUAUGAUUACGUUUCAUAUAAAUACGCUCAGUUUUAUGCCUUUUUCCAAAGACCAAAGCACAGGACUCCCGACCAUUGUUCUGUAUCAGCAACGUUCAGAGGGAAGGCUGGAUAUACGCGCCGGCUCCUGCAGCACUGUGGCAACCUCUGGAAGUUGUGCAGUCAUAGAGCUUUUUACAGCAUAACCUGGCUUUAUGAUAAUCGUGAUCACAGCUCAAAAGCCCGUCCCUUCUAGAGGAAGGCUGUGUUUAAAAAAUACAUGGUUGUAAGAGACAGGCUAAUGAGUAUAAAAUCAGAAAUCAUAUUAAAUGCUAAGUGUACCUUUCUGACACUUUAUCAAGAAGUGACUGCUUUACAAAUGAGCGCAAGCGAUGAUUAUUUUUCUAAGACUGUUCGCAUUUGGAAUUUUGACACGUUGUUUAUUGCUGUAUUAAACAGAUUCUCAGUGUUUUGACUAAACCUGCUUUGUUUUUCUGGAAAGCGCGCUACGCUCUUUUUCAGGCCCAAGCUACUCACCUCUUAAAUUCACUGCACCUGCAGAUUUCAAGGAGAAGGUGCAUUAAGAUAAACAUUCAGUACGCUUAAAAUUUCAAGACCUCAUCAGUUUCCACGUAAAUUCAAGGGUUGCGCGUGAAAAGAUCCGGUCGACAGGGCUGCACUAGGUAAGUCGUGUUAGAACAGGGAGACAAAAAACCUGAUGCUGACACUACUAGUUAUAACAUGGCAUUGAUGAUUUGUCAAUACCAGUCCCUAAAGUUACUAAUUUACAGAAUGGUCUUCCCCAAACCAACAUAAAAGCAGCAGCAGCAGACAGGGCACUUACGAACCAAGCUGUACCCGCACGCCAAUUUUCAGAGAGUUGUAACAACUCCUUUGGCGCAUCCAGAGAGAAAUAAAACUUCUACCUUCUUUUGACAAACAGAAGGAAAAGGCACACAAAAGUAACGCAGAUGGAUAACACAAAUUGUACUGAUGAAGAGCGCUAAUACUGCGUUAGGUCGGUUUGUUUGUAAAAGAAGAGAAAAUGGGUGUUGUCUGAAAAGAAAAAAUGAGGAAUUCCUAUUAAAAUAUGUCUGUAUUGUUCUGCAAGUAAAGCUUGUUAAAAAUCCACGCAUGAAAGUCGUUUUCAAAGACUCUUUUAUAAACGCUGGGCCAACAAAUUAAGAUUUACAGGGAAAACCUCCCCAUGCAUUUUUGUACUAAUAAUUUUUUAGAAAAUGCUACGAGCAGACU